CCCGGCAUGCCGUGCGCUGGUCCUCCCAGUCAGCCCGGAAGACUCUGUUUCCCGGCAUGCCGUGCGCGGAGUGGAUGCGGUAGUGUCUGGGCAGGGAGUUAGGUACAGUCAGCAUCCCGCAGAGUGACACACAGGAAGCGUCUGUCACCGGCUGGUCUGAGACCGUCACACGCAGAGCUCCAUGGCCGGGGAGAUGACUAUACUGGGUUCUGCUAUCCUAGCACUCCUAUUAGCUGGAUAUUUGGCACAACAGUAUUUGCCAAUGCCAACACCAAAAGUAAUUGGUAUCGAUCUUGGAACCACAUAUUGCUCAGUUGGCGUGUUUCACGCUGGCACGGGCGAAGUAAAAGUCAUCAGUGACGAAGACGGCCAUCAGAGUAUCCCUAGCAUUGUCUCAUUUACUAAAAAGGAUGUCUUCGUUGGAUAUGAUGGUCUUGAAUUUGCUGAUUCUAAUCCUCAAAACACGAUAUAUGAUGCUAAAAGAUAUAUUGGAAAAAUCUUUAAUACUGAAGAAUUAGAAAAGGAAAGUUCCAGGUAUCCGUUCAAGGUUCUGCAUAAUAACGGAGAUGUAGUAUACUCCAUCACAACCAAUGAAACCUUUACAGUAACACCAGAGUACAUUGGAUCUCAGCUCCUUUUAAAGCUAAAGAAUAUUGCAGAAACCUACCUUGGCAUUCCUGUUUCUAAGGCUGUCAUUUCUGUGCCAGCGGAGUUCGAUGAAAGGCAAAGGAACUAUACAGUAAAAGCUGCCAAUUUAGCAGGUCUGGAUAUCUUACGAGUUAUAAAUGAACCAACUGCAGCCGCAAUGGCUUAUGGGCUCCAUAAAGCUGAUGUCUUUAAUGUUCUAGUGGUGGAUUUGGGAGGAGGUACACUGGACGUCUCUCUGUUAAAUAAACAAGGAGGGAUGUUUUUAACACGAGCCAUGGCAGGUAACAAUAAGCUUGGAGGACAGGAUUUCAAUCAGAGACUCUUACAAUAUAUUUAUGAUAAUAUUUAUACAACAUAUGGGUCAUUGCCAUCGAAGAAAGAAGAAAUUCACCGACUAAGACAGUCUGUGGAAGCCAUAAAAUUGAACCUGACAAUACAUAAGUCGUCAUGGAUUAGAUUGCCUUUAACUUUGGCCCGAUCACCAAAUAUAGAUUCUUUAAUGGGAAAACCAGAGGAAAACCUUGUGGACAAGUCCACAGAAGAACGAAUGUUAAAUCCCAAUGAACACUAUUUUCAAGAAGAAUCUCAACAUAAGAAGACCAGCCUAGACCGAAAUGUGAACUUUAAAAUAGAAAUUUCUCGCAAACUUUUUGAGACUUUGAAUGAAGACCUUUUCAAAAAGAUUUUGGUCCCGGUAGAACGUGUGUUAAGAGAAGGACAUGUAGAAAAAGAAGAAGUUGAUGAAAUUGUGCUAGUUGGUGGUUCUACUCGUAUUCCACGCAUACGCCAAGUAAUUAGGGACUUUUUUGGUAAGGAACCUAACACCUCAGUAGACCCAGAUCUAGCAGUGGUGACUGGAGUUGCAAUUCAGGCAGGAAUUAUGGGUGGUUCCUGGCCACUGCAAGUCAGUGCUAUAGAAAUUCCUAAUAGACAUUUACGGAAAACGAACUUCAACUGAAUGCUUUUCAGUUCCUGAUUUUUCCAGAAAUAUAUUCAAUGGGAUGUAAAC